AUGAUUCCAGAAUUUCUGUUCGAACCCUCCAUUCCACUCUACGGGAUGAAAUAUCGUACGUGGAUUCCCAAGACGUCAGUGUGGCUCAAGGAAUUUGCUGAGCUUGAUGCUCGUGAGCCAUGGCGCAACUAUUGGUUGGAUUGUCCGGCGAAGCAUCCCUACAACACGACUUUCUACCCGUGCAACCCUGAUCGUCCACUUUUCGUUUCUGUUGAUCAUUCUUUGGCUUCCGUCGGCCCACUUAUUGUCCGUGAUCCAGCUCUCACUAAUGCGGAAAUUGUCGGCGGCUGGGAGCAAACCUUCCAAGGUUCACAUCCCGUUGUGAAGGCGUUGGUUGCAUAUGACCCUGUUCCCGAAGCCUUGGUCGAACCUGCGGAUCCUCCCGACGGCGAGGAUCCAGUGCCGACUUCUCGUGAAGAGGACGAUGAGGUCUCCGAAGAAGAAGAGUCGGAGCAAGAGGAAAUUAAGGAACCUCCUCCUGUGAUUGAGGACGAAGACGAAGAUUCGUCAACCCAGAUCAUUGCUUCUGCCGACUACAUCUCCAAGCGAGUCAUCCAGGACCAGUCAUCAUUGGAGGUCACGGACCCCGGAGAACGCAAGUUGCUCCAAGGCCUGAACCGGAUCCACGGGCAACUGAUGAAGGACCCGAGCCCCCGGGAACAGUCGCUGGUGUCCAAGCAAAGUAAGGCUACAGAGGAAUCGGUCCCGGAACCAACGAGUCGAGGUCCGAAGGCCGGGAAGACGAACCGACAGCCGCCCUCCCCCCGAAAUCCCGAUCGCCAGGACUCUGAGGAAGACCUUGAGGACGUUCACAGAGAACGGUGGAGGAGAAUUUGCUCUCACCAGGCACACGACCCGGGGCUAAUUCCCUUGGUAAGAUUCCUCCGAGGCGAAACCGAGCAGUUGACCCUGAGGCAGGCGACACACUUGGCCAAGAUAGCGGACCAAUUUGUGUUGGACUUGGACUCCCGGGUCGCCUUGUUUUACGUAAGCCGGAACACCACGGAGCGUCUCCGAGACGCCGCAGACCGUCUUCGCCUGGUAGUUCCCCAGGACCUCCAGGGGGACAUUUUGCACCACUGCCACGCGGACUUCCAAGGCGCUCAUCAGGGGAUCAUCUGGACCUACGAGAGACGCGCAAGGAGUUCUACUGGAUCGGCAUGGGACACCGAGCAAUACGUCAAAGAGUGCGUUGGCUGUGUCACGGCUAAGGGACUACCCCGGAACCCGGGCCCGUCGCCCGGUAUCCUGUUGGAUACGCGACCGUUCCAGUGCGUGUUCUCGGGGUUCAUCAUGUGCAAGGCCAUGGCGAGCACUGAAGCCUACGAAGAGUGCGUGUUCCGGAGGUUCGGAGCCAGUGAGAUGAUCCGUCACGACUGA